UCUCUUUCUCCCUCUGUCUCACUCUCUCUCUUUCUCUCCCUCUCCUAUCGGAGCACAAUGAAAGCCUGUGUAUCGCCGUGACUCCGGGCAGCGGAGCCAGUGUCAGCCCAGCGGCGAACAACAGACGGGAAAGAGAAAGGAAAAGACCAGCUACUUUCUUUUCCAUCUCUAAAGCGGAGCAAUCCAAGAGAUAGAACCACAUUGCUUAUUGCGAGUCCAGACCCUCAGAUCCACUGGCCGGGGAUGGAAUGUACAAAAGUGGACAGAAAAGUGGCUGGACAUGACUCGGUGCAAUUUGCUGGAAGUUUGUAAGUUUGACCAUCGUUUGUAAAUUACUCUCGGAGGAGUUUGUCUCUCUUGAUACUGUAUUAGAAUCGAGCCGGGGGUGAGGACUAGGGACGUAAGCGGGAAAGAAAAAAAUGUGUUGAAGGAUCUCUCUCAGUGGCUAGUGACUUCAGACUGCUUUCAUUUAAGGCUGGGAAACCUUAGAGGGAAUGAGGAUUUUACUGGUGAUUGGAUUAGCUGAAGAAAAAAGCAUGGUCCAAAAGUCCAGUUACUGACAUUAACAAUUGAAAAGCUGCCUCCCGUUCUUUGGGGAGAGGAUCACAUCCUACAGUCCCCCAAAGGGGAGAAAACACCGGAGCAAAGGGAAAGGGAGGAACAAUUAAAAGCCAAAAGACAGUAUCUCUUGAUUUUUGUACGUUUUGAACAUUGACUUCAAAAAGCUUCUGAAACAGCACUUGUUUUUUUUUUUUAACCUGAGGAAAAGUAAAGGCCGUGGGUUACAGAGACCAUGGUAGAAAUGGGUUUCUCUGCAGAAACAUCCCCAUAAAGAAUCUUCCAAAACAACUAGGUGAGGGGGAGUCCAGCUCUGUAUUAAUACCUCUCACAAUUCCCUUUGCUGUCUGUUCCUGUCUCUCACUUGACAAUCCCUGAAUUCUUGCUCUUACCCCCAGAUCGUGUGUUUACAAAGUACCUAGUGGCUCUUGUCAGCUUGGUGGGGGGAGAAAAACCCCACUAACUCUGUCCAACUUCUCCCGAGCUGUCAAAUGCAAUUAGAGUAAGUUGAUCAGGGUUUGUUUCCAAAUUACCCUCUGCGAUUGGUUUCUAUUCUUUCUCCUCACCCUCUUUUACUCACUCCCCUCCCCCAUACCUUCUCCACUACUCCCCCCAACCUCUGAAGACCUCUAUUCAUGUGGCCCUGAACACUGAGCGCACAUUGUCAACAGCAGAUUUGCCUGCACUAACCAGCCAUAGCCUCCUUCCACCUCACCAUCCCAGAGGCAGCAAUUAUUGUGUCCAGUAAGAUGGGGGACACAGCGCCCCCGCAGGCCCCCACAGGAGGGUUAGGGGGGGCCCCUGGGGCGGGGCUCCUUGGAGGGGGCUCGGUCACCCCGAGAGUGCACAGUGCCAUCGUGGAGCGCCUUCGGGCUCGGAUCGCCGUCUGCCGCCAGCACCACCUGAGCUGUGAAGGACGCUACGAACGGGGUAGGGCCGAGAGCUCAGACCGGGAAAGAGAGAGCACCUUGCAGCUCCUGAGCCUCGUGCAGCACGGCCAGGGGGCGAGGAAGGCUGGCAAGCACACCAAGGCCACUGCCACUGCUGCCACCACUACAGCCCCUCCCCCGCCACCUGCUGCCCCUCCUACAGCCUCCCAAGCGGCAGCGACAGCGGCCCCACCGCCCCCACCGGACUAUCACCAUCACCACCAGCAGCACCUGCUGAGCAGUAACAAUAAUGGUGGCAGCUGUGGGAUCGACGGGGAGCAGCAGACACCGGCCUCAACCCCCGCGGACCAGAGGAACUCGGCCCUGAUUGCGGUGUCCCCCCAUGGCUCUCCUGCCCCUUCUGCUGACAACUCCCGGAGGCUGAGACUUGGAGAUGGGAAGUGUUUCCGCGCCAUUUCUGUGCAGCAUGGCUCAGAGACCUCACGGCUCAGCCUGUACAAGCUCCAGGGUUCCUUGAAAAGAAAGCAGAUAGUUAACCUGUCCCCUGCCAACAGCAAGAGGCCUAAUGGCUUUGUCGACAACUCAUUCCUUGAUAUCAAAAGAAUCCGUGUUGGGGAAAACCUCACUGCAGGACAAGGGGGCCUCCAAGUAAAUAAUGGACAAAGUCAUAUGAUGUCAGGGACCUUGCCCAUGAGCCAAGCACCCCUGAGAAAGACUGCCACGCUGCCACCCCAUACACAUUCUCCUGGAAAUGGUAUGUUCAACAUGGGCUUAAAGGAAGUGAAGAAGGAACCGGGAGAGACUCUCUCUUGCAGCAAGCACGUGGAUGGUCAAGUGACCCAGGAGAAUAUUUUUUCUAACAGGUACGGAGAUGACCCCGGAGAGCAGCUGAUGGAUCCCGAGCUGCAGGAACUGUUCAAUGAACUGACCAAUAUAUCGGUGCCUCCCAUGAGUGACCUUGAGCUGGAGAACAUGAUCAACGCCACCAUAAAGCAGGACGACCCGUUUAACAUCGACUUGGGUCAGCAAAGCCAGAGGAGCACUCCCCGGCCGUCCUUGCCCAUGGAGAAGACGGUGAUCAAAAGUGAAUACUCACCCGGCCUGACCCAGGGCCCCUCGGGCUCUCCUCAGUUGAGGCCCUCAUCCGCCGGCCCUGCGUUCUCCAUGGCCACCUCGGCCCUCUCCGCUUCCUCCCCAAUCCCUUCGGUCCCUCAGAGCCAGGCUCAGCCCCAGACGGCCUCAGGAGCAAGCCGGGCCCUGCCGAGCUGGCAGGAAGUAUCCCACGCCCAGCAGCUCAAACAGAUCGCUGCUAAUCGUCAGCAGCACGUCCGGAUGCAGCAGCACCAGCCGACCAGCUGGCCAGGUUUGCCCUCUUCGGCGGGGCCCUCCCCAGGUCCGUUUGGGCAGGAGAAAAUCCCCAGCCCCUCUUUUGGCCAGCAGCCAUUCAGCCCCCAGAGCUCCCCCAUGCCGGGGGUCGUGGGCGGCGGCAGCCAGUCGAAGGUCAUGGCGAACUACAUGUACAAGGCCAGCCCCUCGGCCCAGGGAGGGCCUCUGGACGUGCUCCUGCAGCAGAAGCCUCAGGACCUUAGUCGGAGUUUUAUGAACAACCCCCACACAGCCGUGGAGCCCCGGCAUGGCAGCACCAAGCCUUUGUUUCAUUUUAACUCAGAUCAAGCCAACCAGCAGAUGCCUUCCGUUUUGCCUCCCCAGAGCAAGCCGCCUCUCCUGCAUUAUACCCAGCCGCAGCCGCAGCCGAGCUCGAUUGCAGCUCAGCAGCAGCAACAGCCGCAGCAACAACAGCCGCCGCAGCAGCCGCAGCCGCAGCCGCAGCCGCAGCCGCAGCCGCAGCCGCAGCCGCAGCCGGCAGCUCAGCCCACCCAGCCUCUCUCGAGCCAGCCUUUGCUGAGGUCACCGUUACCACUUCAGCAGAAGAUCCUGCUGCAGAAGAUGCAGAAUCAGCCCAUCACAGGACUGGGGUACCAAGUCUCCCAACAACACAGACAGGAUCAACACUCUGUGGUAGGCCAGAACACAGGCCCCAGUCCAAGUCCCAACCCCUGCUCAAAUCCAAACACUGGAAGUGGUUACAUGAACUCCCAGCAAUCACUGUUGAAUCAGCAAUUGAUGGGAAAGAAACAGACUCUACAGAGGCAGAUCAUGGAACAGAAACAGCAGCUUCUCCUCCAGCAGCAGAUGCUGGUUGACACGGAGAAAAUUGCUCCACAAGAUCAGAUAAACAGACAUUUGACAAGGCCACCCCCAGAUUAUAAAGACCAAAGAAGAAAUGUGGGCAACAUGCAGCCAACAGCUCAGUAUUCUGGUGGCUCAUCAACAGUGAGUUUAAACUCUAACCAGGCUUUGGCAAACCCAGUUUCAACACACACCAUUUUAACUCCAAAUUCCAGCCUCAUGUCUACUUCUCAUGGGACAAGAAUGCCAUCCUUAUCCACUGCAGUUCAGAACAUAGGGAUGUAUGGGAAUCUGCCUUGCAAUCAACCUGGAACAUACAGCGUCACUUCAGGAAUUAAUCAGUUGACCCAACACAGAAACCCAAACCAAUUGAUAGCAAAUCAAAACAACCCUCUGAUGCCCCGGCCACCCACUUUAGGGCCCAGUAAUAAUAAUAAUAAUGUGGCCACUUUUGGAGCUGGAUCUGUUAGCAAUUCACAACAAUUAAGACCAAAUUUAACCCAUAGUAUGGCAAGCAUGCCAGCACAGAGAACGUCGAAUGUAAUGAUCACAUCCAGCACAACAGCACCAAACUGGGCCUCUCAAGAAGCAACAACCAAACAGCAGGAAACGCUGAAAUCUACAGGAGUCCGCUUCCCCCCAGGCACACCUACAGCCUAUACUCCAAACCAGUCAUUGCAACAGGCGGUAGGUAGCCAGCAAUUUUCCCAGAGAGCAGUGGCUCCUCCUAAUCAGUUAACACCAGCAGUGCAAAUGAGACCCAUGAACCAAAUGAGCCAGACAUUAAAUGGACAAAACAUGGGUCCACUCAGAAGUCUGAAUCUCAGACCCAAUCAGCUAAGCACACAGAUUUUGCCUAAUUUGAGCCAGUCAGGAACAGGGUUGAGUCAGUCAAGGACAAGCAUAAGUCAGCCAUCAUCCCUGACAGCCGGCAGUUUUCCUUCACCCAACCAAAGUUCCAGGGCUUUUCAAGGAACUGACCAUGGCAAUGACUUAGCUUUUGACUUUCUCAACCAACAGACUGAUAACAUGGGCCCUGCCCUAAACAGUGAUGCUGAUUUCAUUGAUUCUUUAUUGAAGACAGAGCCUGGUAAUGAUGACUGGAUGAAAGACAUCAACCUUGAUGAAAUCUUGGGGAACAACUCCUAGAGAAGAAAAGGGAGACAAUUCACAAACUCCAAGCACUAAAAGGCAGUAUUCUACAAGGACUCUGUAAAGGCCAAACUGUUGACUUUUAGUUGGACUCUAUGAAGAUACCUUGGCUUAUAAAUGGAAAGCAGAAAGUAACUGUAGUGGUGAACAUUUUGGUCCAAAUGCUUGUUUUAAAUCUCAAACCUGAAAGUAAAACAUUGGGAUCACUUUUUCCCUGUCUACACCCCAGGACACAGUAUCCAGUUUAUCCAAGCAGAACUGUGAUGUUGAUGUGUAAUUAGUUGUGUAAAAUAGGCUUCCCAAGCUGCUUUUCUCCCUGAAAGAAAAGUAAUAGAACUUCUGGCUUGUUUAAACCCUGCAUCAUGCGGAGGUACUAGUUCCAAGCAACAAGCAACAAAUUCCUUAAUUUGCUCUAACAGAUAUGUAAGUGUGGUUUAAUCCCUCCACUCUGUCUUUUCAUUUAGGUUUCCUGAAACUUCCAGGGUAGAUUGAAAUGUUACAGAUCUGUUUGGAGUAACCAAACAGUGUCCUAUGUAAAGGAAAACUGGAGAACAUAGAGAACACCCAGUGGACUAUAGAAUUUCUUCCCCAGAUUCAUCCCCUCACUUUUUCAGUUUUCCCACAUAUCCUAUACUUCAAGAUGCUGUGUCUAGUGAUGAAACAAGAACGCAGAGAUGGCCAACUUUUUUCCACAACCAAUUUCCAAAUCCAGUUUCUGAAUCUUAGACUCAGUCGCGACCUAUCCUAAUCGUACUGAAAUAUUAGUGCACAUGUGUCUGCAUCAGAUUUCACUACUUAAAAGAGAAAACACCACAUUGGGCAUUGCUAUAAAGGAGAUGUAUUUGACCACAAAUAACUUGUGGUGUUGCUUAUUGUGAUGAUGCCUGCUGGUUAGUCCCCAAGUUGAGUGAAAUUGAGCCUGGCCCUCUCUGCUUAUUUUGAUGACCAGAGACUGAUUUGUAAGAAAAGGAAGUUUGGAGACCAAAGCUGGCAGUAGAAGGUAUCAUAUUUUGGUUGAAGAUAAGAAGCAAAAGGUCAGGACCAGGGAUGGUGGGUAGGGGUGUAUACAAAUCUAUUUCAUAGGGUUUGAAGGAAAGCAUAAUUGAGACAAAAAACAAUUUGGCCUUAUUUGGACACAUUAUUUGGGUGAACAGCUAAAUAGAAUGUGAUCUAUUAGUAGCAGUCUACUCAUUCUUCUGUCCCUGAUGUGAUGAAUCAUUGCCACAUGCUAGAUGGGCCCUUCAUAUCCAGGUUUUCUCCCUCAGGGCUGAGCACUGUAUCAAAGAAAGAGUUCCUAUUGAGUUGUGUAACAGAUCAGCUGCAAAAUGGGGAAGAUGUGUGCUGAUUUGGGAUGUAUGCAAAAUAUCACUAUCAUUUUCCUCAUUACAGAGGAACACAGGUUAUCUUCAGCUUUUUUAGUCAUACACUCACGUAUUCAAUUAUCAAGUGAUAUUUAACUGAAACCAUUUAAUAACUCUUUAAAUACCUUUCUAAAAAGAACACAUUUUGAAAGUUCUGCAAAGCCCUCUUGCAAUCUUUAAAAUGUCUAGAAGCACUCUCUUUCUUUUACACAAUACCAACAUCACUGGCCCGGAAUCUUUUCUGUGCUAGGUUGUAAAUAUAAAUAAAUUACUUGUUUUGUAAACUUUUGUAAAGAAUAUUUUGGUAGAAAUACUUAAAGCAUAUUCUUUGGGUUAUAUUUAUACAUAUGUGAAAUAAAUAUACUAUCAAAAGGUUAUAUUUUAUACAAAAAGUAAAUUGUUACCUUUUGUAUGCUAAUAUACAAAGUUUUGUAUCAUAUGAUGGUUUAUUUUUAGCUCUUACACUUCAACCUUAGGUGGUCAAGUGGGAACUUUUGAAAACUAUCAAGAGGCUUGUUAGACAAAUUUAUAUUCUGAAACCUCAAUAAGAAAGCAUUCCAGGUUUCAACUCUUUCCUUUUUUUUUUUUUUCCUGCUCCCAAAUUCUGUUUUAAACCCAUAGUUGUGUCUUGUUUGAUUAUUCUGCUGUGCACAUGUAUUGGUCCUUGUUGCAUGUGGUCUACUGUGUGUUUUCCCAUUUUAUAAAACAGUGUUUCUCCAUGCAAAAAAGUAAGGAAAAAGUUAUGUACAUAUAAACACUUUUAUUUUAUGGCUCCUCCAUGUUACUGUAUAUAUCUGCCAGCACGUCCCAAUUACACUCCUGUGAUUCACCUUAUUUUUACCCUAACAUAAAUAGUAUGUUUUGUAGUAGCUAUCAAAUUUAAGAGAUGAAGCAAUCAAAAUGUUUGGAUUUUCUUCUAUCUUAAUGUGAAUUUCAUAAUUAAUGUCUAUUUAUUCAGCUAUUCAUUAAAAUACAGGAUUCUUUGGAAAAAAUGGUGUAGUCUAUAGUUUCUGUUUGUUGGCAGCCUAUUACCAAAGAUGAUGUAAUUUUUCUGAAAGCUGAGAUAAUGACGAUUUGAUAGACAUAUGCAACCAAAACUUAAGGAUUUACAAAUUAAAGGCUAUGGAAUACAAUCUCCCUUUUACAGAAAUACCAGACUACUUAACUGUUGGCAUUGCUUAUCAUUCUGACACAUUAUACACGAGAUAGAAGUAAUUUUUAUUUCUUUUUUUUUUAAUUCAAAGACUAGAAAGUCAUUUAAGCAAAUAAUUCAUUCUUGGCUUUGUGUUAAGCCCAAUGAAGACAAAUAACUCUGCUCUAAGUGAAUGCACUAAUAUUACUUGCAUUACUGUAACUGUAUCCAUAACUGUAAAGAUUUCAACUUGUAAGACAAGUAUUUUGUAUCGCGUGUAAUUUCAUGUGUUAAAAAAAUAGUUUAAAAAAUUCAGAAGUGGUUCUCUUGUAUGAAAUCAUGCUUUCAGUCACCAACAAUAUUGUUGCUCUAUCACAGAAAGUUCUGAUGGGCAAAUUUAUUCUCUGGGAAGCUUCUAAUACUAGUGAAAUGCUGAUGUGACUCAUUUCAAUAUUCUUUACUUCGCUUAGAAAGUUCGUAUUAAGAUCCCAUAUGCACAGCAACUACUAAGUACUGGAGAAACACUGCCUAAUCCUCAGGCUGUGUGGCAUUUGGGCAGACCAGGCUGAGUGAACACGGGGCCAGGUAAACACAGCCUCACUGAGCAUAUUUAUACAGUCCUUCUUGGGAGUCAAGGAGGUUGAGAGAAAGAUGGGCCUUUGUAGGAGGCAAGGGAAACCAUUCUAUCAAAUUUUCUUGCUCCACUGUUGAGAUAUAUUGCUGGGGUUCCAUUGUCCCUUCCCCUUCUGCCAAAAAAGAUGUGUGACAUUAUCCUUUUUAUUAGCAUUAUUAAUGGAGCAAUAAUAAAA